AUGGUGAUGUUUAAAAAGCUCAUUCAUCAAUUGUUUUCUGAUGACUGUCAACUAACGGUACUUCGACUUGAUAUUGCCGAUGAUGAAUUCUAUAGUAAUAUUCAUCAAUGUCUAAUAUUGUCUUCACAUCCUUCUACAAGUUCAAUUUCUAAUAAAAUUCAACAUGGUUGUUUGUCACUUCGUUCUUUAUAUAUUCGUCUUAAAUAUACAUGUUUUCUUGAACAUCUUAUUGAACAUAUUCCCAAUAUUGAACGAUUGUCAGUUAUUUUUAAAGAAUCAAUGAACAUCGAACCUCGAUCGAAGUCAGAUAUUGAAAUAUUAAUAAACUCAAAUGGAAACUGGUUUGAAAAGGUACCAAAAUUGAAUUAUUUUACUUUAAAAACAUUAAUUGAAAAUGAUUUUGACUUGAUCUAUUUGAAAUGGAUUCUUAAUAAUCUUAAUCAUACCCGAAAAUUGAAACUUCAUCUUCAAAUUGAUAAAAUCUAUUCAUUCUCAGAUACAAUAGUUAAAGAAUACGAUGUUGAUGCAAAUUUUAUUCGUCAAUAUUGUUUACCUGAUAUAAUAACAAAUAUAAAAGAUUUUUGCUUUUAUAUUGUUUCUCAAUGUCAAUUAUUAUCGAAUCAGAUUGAAAAAAUAAUAAAUUCAUUUAAAAUCGAUGAAUUUUUUAUUUCACGUCAUUUGACAAAUGUAACUUGUUUCUUUGAUCCAUUUAAUUCAUAUCAACAUCUUUCUUCUUAUAUUGUUAAUAAACUUCAAUUUAUGAAUGGUUUAGUUUUCCAUCCAAAUAUUUUUACGUGGCCACAUAUUCAAGAUGUUUCCAUUGAUUUACAUCCAUCUCUUUCUUUAUUGCUUGAACGAUUUGAUGAAAUAUUUCCUAAUGUUUCUAAUAUUCAAGUUUAUACAGGUUAA